AUGUACAUAUAUGUUGAUGUUUCCAAAUCAUACGUACAGUUUGAUCCAACAUCACGUCCAGUCAUUACCGGUUUCUUAGCAAAGAAUGGAUGUAUCGACCACUCCCUCGUUGCUGACUGCGCUGUCCAUGAGUUGUCUGCUCUUGCUCUCGACAAAGAUGGCCUUUUCUGGACCAACGACGGCCUUCUUAGCCAGCUACAUUAUCAACAAACUUUCCCCAGGCUCAAGUGUAAGAGGACCAGCAGCAGCAGCAGCAGCACACCAGAUGUUGAUGGGCCAAAUUCUUCAUGGACUCACUCAUCCAGGGCUUCUGCUAUUGUUAACAUGGAACACUCCUCCCUGGCCAAGAAGUUCACCUGUCCUAAAGCUUGGCUAUAUCUGUUCCCAUCCAUAGUGUCAACAGCUGCUGGUCUUCGAUUCUUGUCUCGUACCCCAGAUGGCUCCGUGCAGCUUAUCCAAACACAGUUGCAGGCGACUACACCUCUUGUUCCCGAAAGGAUCUUUGUUAUCCUCAGAACUUGUAAAAAAAUCGAUGACUCGACUUGGGUAGUAGCUGACGUGUCAGUUGACAGCUCGCUAAACGUUGGUUACCCUUGUGGGUGUUUGAUUCAAGGAACGGCCGAUGGAUUGUCCCAGGUCACAUGGGUGGAGCAUUUGGAAUUCAAACAAAGUUACCUAGACCCCAAGCUCUACAACGAUCUGUGCAGUAGAGGCUUUGCAUUUGGAGCCGAUCGAUGGGUUGCGUGCCUUGAACGAUCGUGUGAAAGAAGAUCUUUUCAUCAGACGAAGGCUUAUUUUUUCAAUCCAAACUUAGCAGAAGAGGAUCCAUGGGAGUGGGAGAAGAGAUGUGUGAUGAGGUUUUCAAAAAGGAUGGUUCAUCACUUCUGUUUAAAUAUUAUUUCUUUUGGUUGGAAAAAUCCGCAGUCCUUGUGUGUUUCUGCCCCCCCUCAGUCGAAGGUUCUUUUAAAGGUCAACUUCUCCCGCUAUCAUAAUGAUCCAACUGAACUUGUCAUAUUAGCAACCGCCACCUUUAGUCUGCCACAUUCUCCAGACUUCGUCUUAAAAAUCCUUGGGGAUGAACGUAGACGUCACGAGCUGGAUGCGUCUGGGAGGAUUGGUCCACUCACAGAGGUGGCAUGUUACACAACUGGUGGUGACCCCAGGAACAAGAUAUCAGUUCAGGCUAAUCAGUCAUUUGGCAAUGAGCUCUUACUCCAAGAGGUGAGUGUUAGCCGGUCAGGCUCACUAGUGGUGUGGUCCUUGGUUACUCCAAGUGAGCCGUCGUUUGAUCUUGCCAAACUUGGUCAAAGUCCCAAGAAGUGGUGGUUCAUAUGUCACACUGGGUCUACAGCAGGAGGCUCGUCGCAUAAAGGGAUCAUGGCCUAA